ACACCCAGCUGCGUUAUCGCAUCUAUACCUACACCUUGACACAUACAGAUCUACUCAGGGCACUCGUGCUGGGGAAACCCUAGGGACUAUAUGCGUCAUAUCAGAUAAGAUUCUAAUUAUCACUGUAAAACACAUAUCAGAUAAGGUUAUAUUUAUCCCUGUAAACAAACACAUACUUUACCUAGAUUACACCCCCUUGAUUUGAAAUAUUAUUGAGUUUUGGGAAUGAUCGCAGACUUUUGUAAUAAAAACACACCCAAGUACUUACUGUUGUCAAUAUGCUACAUACCAUGCUAUCGUCGUCAAGAUAAACACAAUAUUUACUUGAAAACAUACAUCAGCAACGUGUUUUGUUUACAUGAGUCACGUUUAUCAGAAAUAGAUCUGACUUGAUGGAAAAUCCAAGGUUUAUAAUUCUGUGUGCCUGGCGACCCUAGUGUUAUUAUUGCCUCAGAAACAAACGGUGACAAUUACUACGAAGUCUACACAAGCAAUACUCGUAAAGAUACAGGCUACUUAAAACAGGAGUUCAUAUUUGUUCAUAUAUAUUAGAGCGUUCUUGAGAAAUGUUGUAGAAAAUAAAUUUAAAUCUGUGAGACUUACAUGGGCAUAACUGAAGACCUGCCUAGAAUAGAGUGCGUUGGAAUAUUUUCUACUGGGGAUCACAGGAUUACGAAGAAGUAGAUGAAUACAACCCUAAAGUAUUGUUGAGAUUGUAGUUCACAUUUCUUUAACUCAGAUUGAUUGAGUAAAAGUUAACAAUGACUUUUGAGGAAACUUUGUCUUGGAAUCCAGCAUGGCGUCGUCCUAUAAUUUGUCCGUGUGAGACGGAACUCUACGACCCCACUGAGUCUGGCUGUUGUAAAUACAAAUGGAACACCUGUCAGAAAAAUCCUGGCCACACGAACUUCAUAACCAUGAGCGAGUUUAACUUGGAUCACUUGCCCAUUAGAGACCCGCUGAUUUUUCAAGUAAUUCAAGCGUUGUCAAGUCUCACUGUAAAGAUCGAAGUGAACUAUAUCAGCGAGCAUAGACCUGACAUUAUAAAGGACGCGGGGAUCUUUUACCCGUAUUUUACCCACAAGGGGAAUAACACGCUUCGAAGAACCGGAAGUGGCCGGGUGUUUCACGUUGCCAUGAAAUUCAACAACUGCCCGUGUUCCUUGUGCAAAUCUUCCAGCAUACCCAACCGGAAGUACUGGUUGAUUUCCGUAGCCACUGCCACUCACGUUGUGUUCGACUCCUCGGAAGCCAAACUCUCCAAAUGCCACUUUAGCUUCGACUCUGACUCCAGUCAAAGUAUCGUGUUGGAAUGUCUAAAACUAGAACCUGUUCCGGAUAUCGAAAAAGACACAUGCUCUCUCCUCUGCGUAACCCACGAUUCAGAUUUCGCGGUAAGUCUUCAUAAAAGCGUAUACGAGUACUAUAAUCUUGACCGGCAGGUUAGUGUCAAGUACAAAGAUUCCAGAAACGUCCACCGCCUGGCUGCGAUCGUGUCCCACCCCCAUGGCUGCAGCAAGCGGGUCAGUAUCGGGACCUGGCAGGAGAGACUGGAGACCACGAGUUUCGGACCGGAAAUGGCCGACACCAAGUACAUCUACAACACGUGUACGUGCCCGGGGUCUAGCGGCGCCCCCGUGUACAUCCUGGGCAAGGAGCUGUGGUACAACCACUCCCACAGCGGGGCGGGGGCGCUAGGCAACUACAGCGGCAUCAAAUGGGAAUAAACAAGGUAUUUUCUGGGUACACGGCGUCAAAUGGGAAUAAACAAUGUAUUUUCUGGGUACACGGCGUCAAAUGGGAAUAAACAAGGUAUUUUCUGGGUACACGGCGUCAAAUGGGAAUAAACAAGGUAUUUUCUGGGUACACGGCGUCAAAUGGGAAUAAACAAGAUAUUUUCUGGGUACACGGCGUCAAAUGGGAAUAAACAAGGUAUUUUCUGGGUACACGGCGUCAAAUGGGAAUAAACAAGGUAUUUUCUGGGUAACUAUAGCGGCGUCAAAUGGGAAUAAACAAGGUAUUUUCUGGGUAACUAUAGCGGCGUCAAAUGGGAAUAAACAAGGUAUUUUCUGGGUAACUAUAGCGGCGUCAAAUGGGAAUAAACAAGGUAUUUUCUGGGUACACGGCGUCAAAUGGGAAUAAACAAGGUAUUUUCUGGGUACACGGCGUCAAAUGGGAAUAAACAAGGUAUUUUCUGGGUAACUAUAGCGGCGUCAAAUGGGAAUAAACAAGGUAUUUUCUGGGUACACAGCGUCAAAUGGGAAUAAACAAGGUAUUUUCUGGGUACACGGCGUCAAAUGGGAAUAAACAAGGUAUUUUCUGGGUAACUAUAGCGGCAUCAAAUGGGAGUAAACAAGGUUUUUUUUUCUGAAUAACUAAAGCGGAAUCAAAUGGGAAUAAACAAGGUAUUUUCUGGGCAACUACAGUGGCAUAAUAUCGGAAUAAGCAAGGUAUAAUCUGGACUAUAGCUGCAUCAAAUGGGAAUAAAUAAAACGUAUCUUUGCUACAAGAUCACACGACAAACACAUAUCACACACACGUAUAGAAACUGAACGUCUCAAGGAAAAAAGAAAGCAGGGGAAGCCAAAGGAGAUCAGGA